AUGGAUCGCGAAGAUUCCCACGCAGACAACUCGAAUUCCCCGGACGACGUCGCAAAUAGAUUCCCACAGCCGACCGUAGUUGAGCGCUUCCUCGCUGAACUGUUUCAAAAUCGCUUCCUUACAGACGUUUCGACUACCGACGAAGCUUCACCGAUUUCGCCGCAACCGCUACACUCGAAUAUUAAUAAUCUCGUACCCUUCUUCAGCGCCUCGAGUACUUUUCCGGUACCGCAAAACCUAGCACAUACUUCCCAAGUAUCAGAAGAUACAUCGCCGCAUACUUUAACACGCCAAAUGCAAAGCGCGCAGGAUGUCGUCCUCUGCGUCGAGGAUACCGUGGGGCUCAAGGACGACAAAUACAGCGUGGGCAUAAUAGAGCGAUCUUUUGGCGAUGUCGACUCACACGAGCCCCGGCCACAGCGUGACUACCCCGACGACAUCGAGCGCCAUACCGACAUCCCCCUCCAAGAUUUCGCCAAGUUCAUGAAGGACGGCAUCCCACCGCGGGGUACAGUGCUAGUAUCAUGGCAGACACAGUACAAGACGGAAUUGAUACCGGAAGCGAAACUCCAAUUGCUGGAUCGUGCGCUGUACGUGGGCGAUGUCGUGAAGAGGAAGGCGAAAGAUCAUAUGAGCGGUACUGUCAUUGGCACCCAGGCAGUCUGCACCCUCUUCCCGGCGACCCUGUUCAACGGCGGCCAAAUCACACAAGCAACCACUGACGACUUAUCGAUACGGAACAUCCCGGCCGAUGAGCUUAUUAACGUGCACGAAUUCGUCGAGGGCGCUUUGGUCGUAUAUGGCGACUGGGUGGGGCGGGUGGAGAACGUAUACGAUGAGGUCGCCAUUAGGCUGGCAAACAAUUCCGUGGUGGUUGUCGAGGAUCCGGCUGAGCUGGAGCAGGAUGAUACCACACUUGACCGACUUAGCGUAGGUGACACGGUCAAGACCAAGAAGGGCAACUUGCGGCGGGGACGCUGGCGAUUUGGCGCCUAUGAUCCGAGCGUCCCACCUGUGGGCAUGGUCGUCGAGACAAGAGCAACCGACAUUGAUGUACAGUGGCUGGCAAGGAGUAUCGGUGCCCGCAACAUCGCUUUCAACGCAGACGAACCGCCGGCAACACUUGGUCGAGACGAAUUUGAAAGCCCUAGCUUCUAUAGAUAUGAUGCCUCAGGAGGUACCGCCACAACACUCCCAGUUUCCGAGAACGGUGUUGACAAAUCAUAUCAUGUCACUGACGUUGCUGUGGGCGACCGGGUGCGGUUCAAGGACAUCGCCGGAGCUGCUGUCAAGUACGACGGCACGAAUACACUACCAAAUGGAUAUCCACAAGGAAAGGUGACGCGGAUCGCGCGAACCGAAAGUCUAGGAUACGAUCUCAACGUCUUUUUAGUGAUGCAGACUCAUAGUCAGGUUACCGUACAAUGGCAGGACUUGUCCAUAACCCACGAUCUUAGCUCUUCCUUACUACCAGAUCCCAACGUGGAAGACGACGAUGAGGUUUGGCCUGGUGAAGUCGUCUUCUCCAAGGAGGGACGUGAGGGUGACAACACCGAAAAGUCUGAGACAAAGAAGCCUUCGAAAGUAGGUGUGGUCCAGACUGUCAAGGGCCGCGACCGAAUAGCCACUGUGCGAUGGUUCAAAAAUCCUUCCAUCGAGUUCUUUGGUCCAGACCUACUUCCACCCUCCAAAACAGGAGAGCUGAACGAUGCCGUUGAAGACGUCAGUCUGUAUGACAUCUACUCUUUCCCAGCCCUUACGCGAAGGCGCGGCGACUUUGUACUGGUACAUCCGGACUCAAUCGAAGGUGUACAAACACCGCUCAACGUUACAGGCCCCGACUGGUUUGGAGAGGUCAUAGACCUGGGCUUGGACGGAAAACUCACUGUGCGCCUUGGCGCUGCAAAGCCUGUUGUAGAUGUCAAGGUUCCGUACGAAAGCGUUACUCUCGCCUACAGCAGUGACAUGGCCGAUGAUUUCGGUAACAUGGACCCGCUUGAGGGCGAGUACAUCGAUGAUUCUGAAGAAGAAGAUGAUGAUUCUGAUUUCGAUUCGGCGUCAUUUAAUGAGAUGUGGAUCGAGUAUGAGGGUAUGGAUGGGGAGCACCCUGUUGGAGACGAAGGUGACUGGUCGACGGAAGACGAAGAUGACGACGAAGACGAUGAUGGUGAUACUGACGCUUCAAUGCCCGAUCUUGUCGACAUUACAGCAGAAGGUGUCGAUACAUCGAAGACCACUCCAGAAGACAAGUCACCGGAAAACAAAGAAGAGCAAUCAACUGCGCAACCCGCCGAAGAAGAUGAUACAGCACCAACGGAACAAGAUAGCACAGAGAAUCCCGCAGAUGGACCAGCUUCUUUCCUUAUCCUCGAAGAAUCACCGCCAUCUUCCCACCAUUAUCUUUCCCAGUCGUCAGCUUCCUCAUCAGCUUUUAUGCGCCGGAUAGCAAAGGAGCACAAAAUACUCCGAAGCUCCCUCCCGCCAGGCAUCUUUGUUCGCACAUGGGAGUCUCGGCUUGAUUUACUUCGCGUCCUUGUGAUUGGUCCAAACGACACACCCUACGAGUACGCUCCUUUCGUUAUUGACUUUCAUCUCGGCUCAUCGUACCCACAACAAGCACCAGAAGCCUUCUUUCACAGCUGGACCAAUGGCAAUGGACCUGUCAACCCGAAUCUGUAUGAGGACGGCAAGAUUUGUCUAAGUCUACUGGGUACAUGGCACACCGACGAGCGCAACGAGAGCUGGAGUCCUGCAAAGAGUACACUACUGCAAGUGUUGGUCUCCAUCAUGGGCCUCGUGCUAGUCAAGGAACCAUACUACAAUGAAGCCGGCUACGAUGUUCAUCGAUCAGCACCGGAGACAAAGCUCAGUUCUGCCCUUUACACCGAACGAGCAUACUUCCGCGCCCGUGCUUUCAUACACCAUGCACUCACCCACGAGGUUGCGCCAUUCAAAGAAGAGCUGCAGUACCUCUAUCGGAGCCAAGAAGAUGGCGCACCAAAACUUCUUGACAAGGCCAUAGAAGCCGCCAAGGACAUCGUUGAUCGAAGUGCUGAUGGUAGUGAAGAGGGAGAGCGCGAUGGCCUGCGGAAGAUCAGUCUAGGUGCUCUUGUCAUGUUGAAAAGACAGGUUGAGAAGCUAGAGGCUUUGAAGCAGUCUAGUACAUGA